UCCGCGCACCCUCGAAAAAAAAUCCCCAAUCUCCAUUUCCCAGCUCUAACCCUAGACACAGACCGCCCGUCGCUGCCGCUGCGGCGGAAUAGGAGCCUCUGCCGGCGAAGCGAGCCUCGCGACUCGCGGGCUCCAGGGAGGAGCUCCGUUGGUCUUUGGCGUCUUGCAGGUCGACGCGGUGGCGAAGGAUUUGGUACCUAGGCUUCCUCAAGAGACUAGAUUGCUUACCAUGGUUUCUGAGGAAAUCAAACCAAAGAAGCAAAGAGAUGAGGAGUGCAUUAUAAACUGUCUCCCAGGAGAACUCAUUGAGCGGAUAUUUUUUAAGCUUCCAGUGAGCACUUUGUUGAGGUGCACUGGUGUUUGCGAGCAAUGGCACAAAAUCAUCCGAGGUCCCCAGUUUGUCACAUCACACCUCCAGCAUGCACCCCAUUAUGCCCUUCUGUUCUUCCCACAAGAGUCGGUCUCAGGCGAGCCCCAUCCUGCUGAUGCUAUCCUGAUUGAUGAAGCCUGGUCGCUGUCGACAUAUGCAGUGCCAGUGAUUGGGCCUGAUGAUUUCCUUUGUGGUUCAUGCAAUGGGCUUCUUUGCUUAUACACAAAGUCAUCAACACUCAAGAUAGCUAAUCUUGCAACCGGUGAAUUCCUGCAUCUUGAGAAACCUGUAAAGAAUUUGAGGGGUGAUCACUUCUUGUUCUACAACUUUGGGUUUCACCCAUUGACAAAAGAAUACAAGAUUACACACUUCCUUGGUGAUUCCAUCGAGGGUCGCCCUCGCCCCCAUAAUAAUAACAGAUUCAGCGUCGUUCAAGUUUACACGCUUGGUGAUGAGAAAUGGAGGGAUAUCAAAACUCCAGAAGCCCUAAGCUUAAACUGUGUAAAAAACUCUGGAGCGGUCACUAUUGACGGAACACUGUAUUGGCUAAUUGAAGACGUGGUAGCUAGCUGGCAGCAUGCAGUUAUGACCUUCGAUCUCUGUGGAGAAAGUUUUGCACAGAUACAACUGCCUGCAACUAAACCUGAUGAUUUUGCCGCUGGUGGUUCUCGUCGGUAUUGGAUCAGAGAGAUGGAUGGCAAGGUAUGUGUAGCGACUGCUCAAACCUGUCCUUCUCUGCCGAGAUGGCUUGUUGGUAAGCUGCAGAUCUGGGAACUUGAGAACAAAACAGAGCAAAGGUGGAUCCAGAAGUACAAUAUUCAGUACUCGCCAGAUUACAUUCCGGGUCCAAAUUUGGUUCAUGGGGAUAAGAUCAUACUGCAACGUUGCGAUGGCAACCUAUAUUCCUAUGAGUUGCUCGGGGAGAACUUCAAUACUGAACUGUGUAAGAUGGCAAAGCUGUUAGAUUUCAGUCCCCACAAGCCUGACAACAUGCAAUCCUAUAUCUGUGUGAAGUCACUUGUACGUUUAGAUGUAUACAAGAAGACUGCCAUUGUGCGUAGGCCAAAACAGCGGGAAGGCUGGGAAUUGAAGAAGUGGGAGGCGUGGGAGCAUGAGCUCUCUGAGAAUGAAAGAAUGUGGAGCGACACUCACCGAGAUGAGCACAAGGAAACUGCCCGUGCGCAACGCUAUCGCAUGAUGAUCAAUAAUCUGCUGCCGCAUAUAUUGGAUGAUACGAUUCGACAGGAAAUCAGCAUGAACAUCAAUCAAAUAUCUCCAAACUUUCCAGAUCAGCAGCCAAGGCCCAUCCGUCGGCUUAAUUGGGUGGCACAGAAGCAGGAUUUGCAAAAUUUAAAUGCUCGUAUGAAGAAAUAUAAUACUAUUAUGAAGGCUACGGAUGAGGUAACAAGUAGUAUCAUUAGUAUGAUGGGUGGUGCUAUAGAAGAUCAGAAGCGUGCUUCGAGUUCAAAUGCUGGCAUUUCUUCUCACAAUCUCAGCGAGGCCGAUGAUGAUGUGAAGACUUUGAUACCUGAGAGCCUACCGUGACAUCUCAGCUCACUCAGGCUGUUGUUGAACGCUGUUUCUUUUUACCCCCGAGAGACUGUUUAGCCCCCUCUCCUGUAAAACAGUGAUUUCUUCAGUACCAUCUAUGUGCUGUUAGAUGGAGGUUGAACCCCAAGCCGUGACUUGGUGGCAGGCAAUUUGGCUAGGCACUCUGGUUAGUGGAAUAUAUGUCUUCCCAUUCCAAAAAUACAUAACCAAAUCUAUGUGCUGUUGCGUUUUUCUCCAUUCGAAUUUAUGGCGCUUAUUUAGUCCACGUGACGUGAUUAA